AACCAACCACAAGACAGAAUGAGUUGUAGUAAGUAAUCUCCAUUUCCCAUGAAAUGCCUAUCUCACGUGGCAACGAUGCCGUGGAGCACUACAACAUCAUCCCGGAGGACCCCACCUCCGACCACCCUUCCCUGCGGUUCCCGGAAGUCCGCGCCGCCACCGCCGCCCUCCGGUCCGUGGGGGACCUCCCCCUCCCCCCGCAAUGGCAGGCAGACAUGGACCUCGUGGACUGGCUGGGCCUCACCUUCGGGUUCCAAAACGACAACGUCCGGAACCAGCGCGAGCACCUCCUCCUCCACCUCGCCAACGCCCAGAUGCGCCUCUCCCCUCCCCCGGACUCCCUCGACCCCGCCGUCCUCCGCUCCUUCCGCAUCAAACUCCUCCGCAACUACUCCGCCUGGUGCUCCUACCUCUCCUCCAGACCCAGCGUCCGCCUCUCCCACCGCCCCGACGCCGCCCCCGACCACCGCCGCCGCGAACUCCUCUACGUCUCCCUCUACCUCCUCAUCUGGGGCGAGGCCGCCAACCUCCGCUUCCUCCCCGAGUGCAUCUCCUACAUCUUCCACCACAUGGCCAUAGACCUCAACGCAAUCCUACAAGACCUCCGCGAUUUCUCAUUUCCCGAGGACAAGGCCUUCCUCCACCGCGUUGUGAAACCAGUUUACCGAACCCUUCUCUUGGAGGUCGAGAGUAGCAGGAACGGGACCGCGCCGCACUGUCACUGGAGAAACUACGAUGACAUAAACGAGUUUUUCUGGAGUAAGCGCUGCUUCAAGCAUCUCGGCUGGCCUAUUAACGCUGCCAGCGACUUCUUCACCAAGCGCCUCGGAAAGACCGCCUUUGUGGAGCGACGCUCGUUUUGGAACCUCUUCAGGAAUUUCGACAGGCUUUGGGUCAUGCUGGCUUUGUUCCUUCAAGCUUCUUUGAUUGUUGCGUGGGAGGAAAAGCUUUAUCCUUGGCACGCUUUGGAGGAUCGUGACGUCCAGGUUCGGCUUUUGUCCGUUUUCUUCACAUGGAGUGCUAUGAGGUUUCUGCAGUCUUUGCUUGAUGCAGGGAUGCAAUGCAGGUUGGUUUCCGCGGAGAGAAUUAGGCUUGGAGUGAGGAUGGUGCUGAAAAUCAUCGUUGCAGCGGGGUGGUUCUCUGUGUUUUUUGUUUUUUAUCGGAGGAUAUGGGAGCGGAGGAAACAUGAUAGAAAGUGGUCUAUUGAAGCGAAUAAACGGUUGCUGACUUUUCUUGAGGUUGCUUUUGUUUUCGUGGUUCCGGAGCUUCUGGAUUUUGUCCUUUUUGUACUUCCUUGGGUUAGGAAUUGCAUUGAGAAUGGGGAUUGGAGGCUUUUUCGGAUGUUGUCGUGGUGGUUUCGGAGCAGGACUUUCGUUGGUCGUGGGUUGAGAGAGGGUCUUUUGGACAACAUUAAGUACACCUUGUUUUGGGUUGUGGUGCUGGCGUCGAAGUUUUGUUUCAGCUACUUUUUACAGAUUAGGCCAAUGGUUGCUCCAUCUAAGGCAGUUUUGAACCUUAAGGACGUUGAUUAUCAUUGGCAUGAGUUUUUUCGACAUGGUAACGGGAUUGCUCUUGCGUUACUGUGGCUUCCAGUUGUUUUGAUUUAUCUGAUGGAUAUUCAGAUAUGGUAUUCCAUAUAUUCAUCUUUGGUUGGGGCGAGUGUGGGGUUGUUUGCACACUUGGGUGAGAUUAGGAGUAUGCAGCAGCUGAAGUUGAGGUUUCAGUGGUUCGCUAGUGCGGUUCUGUUUAAUCUAAUGCCAGAGGAUCAGUUGUUGAAUACAAGGGGAACAUUGAGUAGGAAAAUAAUGGAUGUUUUUAAUAGGAUGAAGCUAAGGUACGGGUUUGGACAGCCCUAUAAGAAGCUUGAGUCUAAUCAGAGUGAUGCCAACAAGUUUGCGUUAUUAUGGAAUGAGAUAAUUUUGUGUUUUAGAGAAGAGGAUAUAAUAACUGAUCGAGAGGUUGAGCUGUUGGAGCUUCCAAAGAACUCGUGGAAUGUAAGGGUUAUUCGUUGGCCUUGUUUUCUUCUGUGCAAUGAGUUUUUGUUGGCUCUAAGUCAGGCCAAAGAACUAGUCGAUAUUCCUGAUAAGAGGCUUUGGAGUAAGAUCUGCAAGCAUGAGUUUAGGCGAUGUGCUGUCAUUGAAACAUACGAUUGCAUCAAGCACUUGCUUCUUGAGAUUAUCAAACCUGACAGUGAAGAGCAUUCUAUUGUGACGGUUCUGUUUCAAGAAAUUGAUCACUCUCUCGAGAUUGGAAAAUUCACUAAAGUAUUCAAAACCGCUACACUUCCCCAGCUCCACAACAAGUUGGUAAAACUGGUGGAGUUAUUAAACAGGAAAAACACAGAUCCUAAUCAAUUGGUGAACACCCUUCAGGCCCUUUAUGAGAUUGUUGUCCGGGAUUUUUUCAAGGAGAAAAGGAAAAUUGAACAGCUGAGGGAGGACGGUUUGGCUCCAAAAAAUUCAGCUUCUUCUGAGGUUCUACUUUUCGAGAAUAGCAUUCAGUUGCCUGAGGCUAACAGUGAGAACUUUUAUAAACAAAUUUGGCGCUUGCAUACUAUUCUUACCUCUAGAGAUUCAAUGCAAAACAUCCCAGUUAAUCUAGAAGCCAGACGAAGGAUUGCUUUCUUCACUAACUCACUUUUUAUGAACAUGCCCCAUGCCCCCCAAGUAGAGAAAAUGAUGGCUUUAAGUGUUCUAACCCCUUACUAUAGUGAAGAAGUAGUAUACAGCAAAGAACAGCUCAAAGUCGGGAAUGAAGAUGGGAUAUCGACCCUGUACUAUUUGCAGACUAUAUAUGAUGAUGAGUGGAAGAAUUUCAUGGAGAGGAUGAGGAGGGAGGGGAUGAAGAAAGAUAGUGAUAUAUGGACUGAUAAACUUAGAGUUUUGAGGUCCUGGGCAUCCUAUAGAGGCCAGACACUAUCGCGGACUGUUAGAGGAAUGAUGUACUACCAUAAGGCCCUCAAACUUUUGGCUUUUCUGGAUUCUGCAUCAGAAGUAGAGAUCCGAGAAGGUGAAAGUGAACUUGUUUCACUAAAGCAAGACAAUAACUCAGAAAGGUCACCUUCCCCCAUGUGUUUAAGUAAAACAAGCAGUUCAGCAAGUUUGUCAUUCACAGGUCAUGACCAUGUGACUGCUUCAAUGAAAUUCACAUAUGUGAUUGCGUGCCAAAUAUAUGGAGCUCAGAAGGCAAGAAAGGAUCCCCAUGCAGAUGAAAUUUUGUAUCUAAUGAAAUACAACGAAGCCCUUCGAGUUGCCUAUGUCGACGAGGUUUCCAUUGGAAGGGAUGAGAAGGAGUAUUAUUCUGUUCUUGUGAAGUAUGACCAACAGUUGGAGAGGGAGGUGGAAAUUUACCGUGUGAAGCUUCCAGGUCCCAUAAAACUAGGAGAAGGAAAACCAGAGAAUCAAAACCAUGCCAUCAUCUUCACUCGCGGGGAUGCAGUUCAGACCAUUGAUAUGAACCAGGACAACUACUUCGAGGAGGCACUUAAAAUGCGGAAUCUCUUGGAGGAAUACAAACAUUACUAUGGUAUAAGGAAACCCACUAUUUUGGGAGUGAGGGAACACAUUUUUACCGGUUCUGUUUCCUCUCUUGCGCGGUUCAUGUCAGCUCAGGAAUCGAGUUUUGUCACCUUGGGACAGAGGGUUUUGGCAAACCCUCUGAAAAUUCGAAUGCAUUAUGGCCACCCUGAUGUGUUUGACAGGUUUUGGUUCAUAACUAGAGGUGGCAUCAGCAAAGCCUCCAGAGUGAUCAACAUCAGCGAGGACAUCUUUGCUGGCUUUAACUGUACACUUCGAGGAGGUAAUAUCACUCAUCAUGAAUACAUUCAGGUUGGAAAGGGAAGGGAUGUUGGGUUGAACCAAAUAUCAAUGUUUGAAGCAAAGGUUGCCAGUGGAAACGGGGAACAAGUACUAAGCAGAGAUGUGUAUAGAUUGGGUCACAGACUAGAUUUUUUACGUAUGCUAUCAUUCUUCUACACUACAGUGGGAUUCUUUUUCAACACAAUGAUGGUGAUUCUCACCGUAUAUGCAUUUUUAUGGGGUAGAUUAUUGCUUGCUCUUAGUGGUUUUGAAGCUGCUAUGGAAAAUAACAGCAAUAAUAAUGAAGCACUUGGUAUGAUCUUGAAUCAGCAGUUCAUUGUCCAAAUUGGACUUUUCACUGCCCUUCCAAUGAUUGUGGAGGAUUCCCUUGAGCAUGGGUUCCUUCAAGCCGUUUGGGAUUGUUUGACAAUGCAGCUCCAACUUUCAUCAGUUUUCUACACAUUCUCUAUGGGUACACGUAGCCACUUCUUUGGAAGAACUAUUCUGCAUGGUGGGGCAAAAUAUCGAGCCACGGGUCGUGGUUUUGUUGUGGAGCACAAGAGUUUUGCUGAAAACUAUAGACUCUAUGCUCGCAGCCAUUUUGUGAAAGCAAUUGAACUGGGGCUAAUACUAGUAGUUUAUGCAUCACACAGUACUAUAGCAACUCACACGUUUGUUUACAUAGCCAUGACCAUCUCUAGUUGGUUUUUAGUUGCAUCAUGGAUUAUGGCACCGUUUGUGUUCAACCCUUCUGGUUUUGACUGGUUGAAAACUGUGUAUGAUUUUGACGAUUUCAUGAACUGGAUUUGGUACCGUCAAAGGGUGUUUGCCAAAGCUGAACAGAGCUGGGAAAAGUGGUGGUACGAAGAGCAGGAUCAUCUAAUGGUUACUGGCUUUUGGGGAAAGCUUGUGGAGAUAAUUUUAGACCUUAGGUUUUUCAUAUUCCAGUAUGGUAUUGUCUAUCAGCUAGGCAUAGCUGCUGGAAGUACCAGUAUUUCUGUUUACUUGCUAUCUUGGAUUUAUAUGUGUGUUGUAUUUGCUAUUUAUGUGGUGGUAGCUUAUGCUCAGAGUGCAUAUGAAGCAAAACACCAUAUCUAUUAUCGGUUGGUCCAAUCCAUGAUCCUAGUUCUUGUCAUAUUUGUGAUAGUUGCAUUGAUGAAAUUCACCAAUUUCAAAUUCAUGGACAUUUUUACUAGCUUGUUGGCGUUCAUUCCCACAGGCUGGGGCAUGAUACUGAUUGCUCAAGUGUUCAGGCCAUUUUUGCAGUGCACCAUAAUUUGGAAUUGUGUUGUUUCCUUAGCUCGUUUAUAUGAUGUAUUAUUUGGGGUCAUUGUUAUGGCCCCGGUGGCUCUACUAUCAUGGUUGCCUGGGUUUCAGCCUAUGCAAACUAGGAUUCUCUUCAACGAAGCAUUCAGUAGGGGGCUUCGGAUAUUCCAGAUUGUUACAGGAAAAAAGUCCUCGAGUAAUUAUGAUUAGAAGUUUUUUUUGUUCAUGUGUAGUAUGGGAGUAAUUAUUUUUGUAUGCCAAUCUUUCACUGAUAGACAGGUUUAACGAGACAGACAAAAUCUAUUUUUUUU